CAAUGGCGGCGGAAUGCUCAAAUUCCAAGUUAUGACAAAGAAGUAGCCGGUUGCUGUAUGUUCCUUAAAAUAAAAUUAUUUCUCGUCAGCAUAAAGAAGACGCUUCCAUGAACACAAGUAACCGUUUGAAUGUAUUGUUUUCUGACCGUGCAUGUAAUUUUAAGAAGUAUGCUCGUGAGAGGAUGACAGACAGGUUAGCCGUGCAGCAGCUACUGUAAACAAAUAGCUUGCUUACUUCGUUGGCACAGACAGGCACGUAUGCCUUUUCGCUUUUUCUAACUGUUGGUUAGAUUUGCAAUUUAGGAUUUGUCAAAUGCAAUAGUCUAUAUUUAAAGAAUAGGUGAACCUUUUUAUGAUAGGAUACCCCUCGUCCAUCAGAAAGCACUGAAUCACAUGUAUACACAGUGUUAUUGUUCACAGUACACAUUGUACACAGUCCACAAUAUAACAUUUUCAAAACGUUCUCUCCAGGGGUAACGGUGAUGGUCCUGAAAUGUUAAAUGUACGUACGUAAACCGCAGAUGACGUACCACUUUGUUACAAAGUUCUCGAUCAACGUCGUUCUCCACUGACAACAAAAUGAGUAGCAAAAGAAAAAGAGCACCACCUGUGAAGGUGGACGAUGAGGCAAAGAAGAAGUUGAACUGGAAUAUGCACGAGGAUCGUAGGAACGAGGUUGAUUUGGAACUCCUGACAGAAAACUCUGAACUGAUAGCUGACUGCAUUCCUGUCGCUACCGAUGAACCAAGUUGUUCUAAAAGCUGCCUUUCCUUACCAGACUCACCUCGUGCUGAUAAAAGUUGUGUCGGUUUCAGUGACAUUUCUGUAGCUCAUAAAGACACAUCCAACAUCGGCAUCUACAGACCAGGAAAUGAACUUUGUUUUGAGCAAGGGAGUCCGUCGAGGAGCACACUAAGCGAUUCUGUUGUUCUAAACCUUGCCACUUCAACACCCGAGUUGGAUGGAGUCUGGUGUGCAUUGAUUGGAGAGUUCAACCUCCGUGUCCAUUUUCCGCCGGAAUUGGAGAACAUCCAGGAGUGGGCGAUUCAGAGAACUGAUGGAGGGAGAAUGUGCCUGUGCGUGUCUGGCGCUGGGGAUGCUGGAGACGGUGAUGUGGAGGAGGCGGAGAGCCUGGAGUGCAAGUACCCAGUGGAAGGAUCUCUUGGCAGGGUAGAGCUGGAGGAGUUUGACUGGCUUCAAAAGAGGAAGAUCAUCCAGCUCAGUCUCCGGCUUGAAGAGGAGUAUGUGAAGCUGUCAGUGUAUUUACUGGAGGCUGGUCUAAGUCAUCCUGAGUUCCUCAGUGAAGGAAGUGGUCGGAUGAAGAAGUCUAAUCAGCUGAUCCAGAAACUCAUGGAACACUUUUAUGACUUCAUCAUUCCAGAGGUGGCGGAGGAUGAGGACGAGGACGGUGACACCGAGCUGGAGAGGCAGAACGUGGAGGAGCUGUACGACAGCCUGAGGCUUCAGCACCAGCGAGAGGAGCAGGGCGAGGCUCUAGAUGUGCAACACGAGGCCCUGGUGCCCGUGCUACGGCUCUACCAGAGCCAGGCUGUCAACUGGAUGCUGAGGAGAGAGAAGUACAGCAGCACUGCCUCACAACAAGAAGAACCAUCAUUACAUUUCCUGUGGCGUGAAAUCGUGAGCCUUUGUGGAAAGAAGUUAUACUACAACAUCUACACCGGCUGUCUGGUGCUGGAGUUUCCUCAGGCGGGGCCGUACUGGCCCGGGGGCAUCCUGGCGGAUGAGAUGGGUCUGGGGAAGACGGUGGAGGUGCUGGCUCUCAUCCUGUUCCACUCCAGACAGGGCCUGGAGAACACUGCCCCCUGUCUGCCGGAGGGAGUUAAAGUAAACUACUUUCAGCCUCCUCCACCCUUGGAGAAGCAAAAUGGUGUACCACGCAAACCUCGGCCUGAGCCAAAGGAGAGAAUCUCUUAUCCUGCUGUUCGUGUCAUGAUCCUCACUGCCAUUAAGGAGAUGAAGGUGGGCAGAGGAGCGUCCAUCAACGCCAUCUUCGCCUACAUGCGCUCGUGGUUCCGAUACGACCCCAUCAAGAACCGCAGCCACAUCAAGAAAACCCUGGCCAAGCUGAUAAGCGAAGAGCUCGUGGAGCAGGUCAAGGGUCGAGGUUUGGCAGGUUCCUUCAAGUUCGGCAAGAAGUACAAGGAGUCAAAGAAAAAGACGCCGUGUAAACAAAAGCCUCAAAGCUCCAUUGAGGACAUCACUCCUCGAAGAACAUCUCUCCGCCGCUCCACUCAGGAGAAGCAAACAUCUCUGACCUCUGAUCUCCUAGACUCAGAUCUGGACUCAGAGUCAGACACCACCGUACCCUUGCCUGAAGCUGAGGACAUCAAACAAGAGUCAGACCUCACAUGCCAUCCCCCCAGCAGCAUUCCCUCCGCAGAGAGCACUGAAAAACAUCGCCCGGAGGAGAAGAAGCAGGAGGAGGAGGAGGAGGAGAAGGAGCAGGUGGAGAGCUCAGCUGAGCUGGAGGAGAAAGCGGACUCCCAGCCACAGGACAAAGAAGAAGGAUCUGGCCCUCCAUGCCUGGAGGAGGUUAAAGACAUCACGCAGGCCUCCUCUGUCCCCGAGCCAGAAUACCACUUUGAGUGCAUCUGCGGAGAGACGGGUCUUCUGGACUACAAGGCUCGUGUCCAGUGUCUGCACUGCCUACUGUGGCAGCAUGCCCACUGUGUCAACUAUGCGGCGGACAGCCUGGACACCACACCGUUCUACUGCCCGCACUGCGUGGUGGCCAUGCCCCCCGUGCCCACACGUGCCACCCUCAUCAUCUCGCCCAGCUCCAUCUGCCACCAGUGGGGGGAGGAGAUCAACAGGCACAUCCGCUCCGCAUCGCUACGCGUGCUGGUGUACCAGGGCGUGAAGCGUCACGGCUUCAUCCAGCCGCACGUGCUGGCGGAGCAGGACGUGGUCAUCACCACCUACGACGUGCUGCGCUCCGAGCUCAACUACGUGGACCUGCCGCACAGCAACAGCCAGGACGGACGCCGCUUCCGCACGCACAAGCGCUACAUGGCCGUGCCCAGCCCCCUGGUGGCCGUGGAGUGGUGGCGCGUCUGCCUGGACGAGGCUCAGAUGGUGGAGUGCACCACCGCCAAGGCUGCGGAGAUGGCGUUGCGGCUGUCUUCUGUGAACCGCUGGUGUGUGAGUGGGACUCCAGUGCAGAGGGGAUUAGAAGAUCUCUAUGGCUUGGUGCUGUUUCUGGGGGUGGACCCGUACUGGGUGAAGCAUUGGUGGGAACAGCUGCUUUACCGUCCAUAUCGCCGCGGCAACCCCGAUCCUCUCUACAGCCUCAUGGGCCGCCUACUGUGGCGCUCGGCUAAGAAAGACGUCAUCGACCAGAUCCAGAUCCCUCCCCAGACGGAGGAGAUCCACUGGCUGCGCUUCUCGCCGGUGGAGAACCAUUUCUACCAGCGGCAGCACGAGGUCUGCUCCCAGGAUGCACUGCACAAGCUGCGUAAGAUCUCUGAUUGGUCGCUGCGUCUGAGCAGCCUGGACCGUCGCACCGUCACCACCAUCCUGUGCCCACUGCUGCGUCUGCGCCAGGCCUGCUGCCACCCUCAGGCCGUCCGAGGAGAGUUCCUGCCCUUCCAGAAGAGCACUAUGACGAUGGAGGAGCUGUUGAAGUCCCUGCAGAAGAAGUGUCGUGUGGAGUGUGAGGAGGCCCACAGGCAGCUGGUGUGUGCCCUCAAUGGACUGGCUGGCAUCCACAUCAUCAGAGAUGAGUUUGUGGAGGCUGCAGAAAUGUACAGAGAAGUGUUGAGGUCAUCAGAAGAACAUAAAGGCAAACUCAAAACGGAUUCCUUACAGAGACUCCACGCCACCCAUAAUCUGAUGGAGCUGCUGAAUGCGAAGCACGAGGGGAUCCCACCGACCCUUCGAGAUGACCGGCUUAAAGAGGAGGCAGAGCAGCUGAGGCAGCACUACAUGACCAAAUCCAACUCGGAGGUGUCCGAAGGCCAGCAGAACCUUCACCCCGUGGUCCAGAACAUCAAGGAGCUCAAACGCAAAGUGAACCUCCGCUCCCCCUGGUGGAUGGAUGUGAUAGCGCAGGCCAUGGAAUACUCAAUGGAUGAUGAGCUGGUGCAGAGGGUGCAGAACGAGCUCACAUGCAGCUACAAGCAGGAGCAAAGCAAACUCUCCAUGGCCGACAAGUUUCGAGACGCCCGUGGCCUGCAGUUUCUGCUCACCACCCAGAUGGAUGACCUUCUCAAGUCUCAGAAGGUCGUGCAGAAUGCCGUCCAGAGGCUGGAAGGGACGCCCUCUCAGGCGGUCAUCGAGGAAGCCACACUGUGCCAUCUCAGGCCCGUCCGCCUGCCACUCCAGAAUUGCGUUUUCUGCAAAGCCGACGAGCUCUUCACUGAUUACGAGUCCAAGCUGUUCUCUCACACGGUCAAAGGUCAGACGGCCAUCUUUGAGGAGAUGAUCGAGAACGAAGAAGGGCUGGUGGACGACCGUCUGCCCACCACCAGCCGAGGCCUGUGGGCCGCCAGUGAGACGGAGCGCACCCUGAAAGCCAUGCUAGCCUUCGCUCGCGCCCGCCGCCUCGAUGCCCAGCUACUGGAGGAGGCCAGCGCCUUCAUGGAGCUCUUCGAGGCCUGGAAGAAGGAGUAUAAGGUGCUGCAUGAGUACUGGAUGAACCUGCGAGACCACGUGUCGGCCAUAGAUGAGCUGGGCAUGGCCACGGAGAGGCUGCGGGUGCGACUGCCUGACGAACCCAAACAGAAGGUCCUGCACAUUAUCGAACCACACGAGGUGGACCAGAACUGUGUGAAGCUCAUUAAUGACCGUGCGGUGGCCCGCUCUCAACUGCAGAAAAAGCUCGGCCAACUACUCUAUCUCACCAACCUGGAGAAGUCUCAGGAUAAGUCCACAGGGGGCCUAAACCCAGAGCCGUGUCCCAUCUGUGCCCGUUCCCUCGGACAGGAGUGGGCCGUGCUGACCUGUGGCCACUGUUUCUGUAACGAGUGCAUCACCAUCAUCAUGGAGCAGUACAGCGUGGGCUCGCGGCGUCGGGCCAUCAAGUGCGCCAUCUGCAGGCAGACCACCUCCCACACAGACAUCUCCUACGUCUUCACCGCACAGAACAGCGCAGACGGAGACGACAUCCCCAUCAAGGGCAGUCACUCCACCAAGGUGGAGGCGGUGGUCAGAGUGCUGAAGAAGAUUCAGAUGACAGACCCCGGAGCCAAAUCUUUGGUCUUCUCUACGUGGCAGGGGGUGCUGGACAUCAUAGCCAAAGCACUAUUCGACAACAACAUGGAGUUCUCCCAGAUCAAUGGCAUCCAGAUGUUUCAGAAGAACCUGUGUGCUUUCAAAUAUGAGGAGAAGAUCAACAUUCUGCUGAUGCCACUGCACACAGGCUCCAAUGGGCUAAACAUCAUUGAGGCCACUCACGUCCUAUUGGUGGAACCAAUCCUAAAUCCCGCCCACCAGCUGCAGGCGAUAGGUCGCGUCCACCGCAUAGGCCAGACAAAGCCCACAUUUGUGCACAGGUUCCUCAUCCGCUCCACAAUUGAAGAGAAGAUGCAGGCCAUGCUGAAGACAGUAGAGAAGAGCCAUGUCCCAACCAACAUGAAGCACUCGGAGGCGUCGGUGUUCACCGUGGCCGACCUGGCCGAGCUGUUCACAGAGGAGACAGAGGACCGCGAGAGCCUGGAGGACUGAGAGAGGCGGAGGGACUCAGAGGAGGGAUGAGAAGGUGUGAGGGAGAAGAGAUAUGGGGGUGGUUGGAAUGAUUCAAGUUACAAGGCAGUGCCUUUGUAGUGUCGGUGCAUGAAACGGACGGUGUUAUGAAAGGAUUGGCCAGACUUGCUGUUGCAGAGACUCACCUGUUCACCGCCCCCAAGAGACACUUUUCUUAUUCAUUCCAGGCCUUGGUGCCAUGGGUGAUAUUUUAUCUGUUCUUACUUGUAUGUGUUAUUUAAUAUCAUGUUUAGUGUAAAGAGGAAAUACUCAUCAUGUCUGUCACUAUGGCAUUAUUUUACAAUCUUGUUUCUAAACAUGAUUAAGUGUUUUAAACAUUUUAA